AUGGACGUGUUCAUGAAGGGCCUGUCCAUGGCCAAGGAGGGCGUUGUGGCUGCAGCUGAGAAAACCAAGCAGGGGGUCACCGAGGCAGCAGAAAAGACCAAGGAAGGCGUCCUCUAUGUCGGAAGCAAGACCAAAGAGGGAGUGGUACAAGGUGUGGCCUCAGUGGCUGAGAAAACCAAGGAGCAGGCAUCCCAUCUGGGAGGAGCUGUGUUCUCUGGGGCUGGGAACAUUGCGGCAGCCACCGGCCUGGUGAAGAAGGAGGAGUUCCCCACAGACCUGAAGCCAGAGGAGGUGGCCCAAGAAGCCGCAGAGGAGCCCUUGAUUGAGCCUCUGAUGGAACCUGAAGGGGAAAGUUAUGAGGACUCACCCCAGGAGGAAUAUCAGGAAUACGAGCCAGAGGCGUAAGGGUCCAGGAGGGCCCCGCACCAGCAGCACAAUUCCUUCCCUUUCCUUGCCCCACUCCUCACCCCCCAGAGCCAGGGCUGUCCUUCUACCUUUUCCCCCCAAACACGAGAUCUUCCUUCGGCUCCGAGGCACUUCCUCAGGGCCUGUGUUAGUGUCUGCCCUGCCCUUCCGUCUGUCCUACCUGCCCGCGUUCAUCCCUGAGACGUGAACUGGAG